AUGCUCACUGCAGAGCCCACAAACCAGUAUGAGAAUGUCAGCACCGCUAAUUUGUACACGGUGAAAUUCGAUAACCUUUUCGAUAGAGACCAGCAAGAGCUUGAGACACUUCUCAAAGCAUGCGAAACAGAUGGUUUCUUCUAUUUGGACCUUCAGAGCCCAAGCUCAGCUAAGCUGUGGAGAGACCUAGAUCGAGUAAGCGAAAUCACCAAGGACUGGUUCUCGCAGUCGGUUGAGGACAAGAAAAAGACUCCAACGGUAUCUCUAGCUCAUGGGUUCAAGGCCACCGGAAACCAGUCCGGGGCAAUCAAGUCGCUCAAAGACGGCUUUGAAGCAUUGAAGAUUGGCAGAAGUGAACUACUUGGUCGCUGGGCGCUUCCAUCGGUAGUUGAGGAAAACUUGUCACUGUUCGACCAGUUCAACGCCUCGUGCCAUUUCAUCUUGAAACUCCUCUUGGAUUGCCUCUCGGACGGAUUGAACCUCAAAGGAAGUGCUCGUUUCGACACGUAUCAUCGCGACGAUGCGCGCUCCAAGAGUACCCUCUAUUUCCUCCAUUACCCACCUGGCAACCUCAACAAGGUUGGCCAGAACAUGCACACUGAUAUCGGGACAUUGACGCUUCUCUUUGCGCCGCAGUGGGGUCUUCAGGUUGUAUCACCCGUGACGGGUGCCUGGGAAUAUGUCCAGCCUCGGCCGUACCACGCCAUCAUCAACGUAGCCGAUACGUUGAGGUUUCUUUCCCACAGACGAUUUCGCUCUGCUCUGCAUCGUGUUCUUCCCAUAGGAGGUGUCCAGCAAGAAGACCGUUAUUCUGUUUCGUACUUUCUGAGGGCUUCGGAUGAUACCGAGUUCAAGGACAGCAAUAAUGAGGACUCGAAUGCGAACGACUGGUAUUUAACAAAGUAUCAUACGUAUGAGUUACCGCAUGAUGUUCAGGGCAAGGAGACCGUGUUGUCAGGUGGAAUGGCACAGGAACUGCAUGCGACCUUCUGA